UGCUUCUUGCCCUAUUCCAAUUGUGGCCUCCACACUCUCUCCCGAGUCCCGUCUCAAGAGCAGCUCCAGAAUCCAUUCAAUUCGAGCAAAACCACUUUCAAUCUCAACUCAUUCUCAGAUCCUACACCACACGGCCAACAUACCCACUCAAUUCCAUCAAAAUGGGGAGCUUAGGAAGAGCGGUUUACACUUUGGGGAGUUGGAUUCGGCAUACGGGUCAAGCCAUGGAUCGACUCGGUUCCACCUUCCAAGCUGGCUACUAUCUCCAGGAUCAUGUUUCUAAGCACCGGACACUGAUGAACAUCUAUGAUAAAUCUCCGGUGGUGGAUAAGGAUGCAUUUAUCGCCCCAAGUGCCUCUGUCAUUGGUGAUGUUCAGGUGGGCCAGGGAUCAUCGAUAUGGUAUGGAUCUGUCCUUCGAGGUGACGUAAACUCCAUCAGUGUUGGUUCUGGAACUAAUAUACAGGACAAUUCCUUGGUGCACGUGGCGAAAUCUAAUCUAAGUGGGAAAGUACUGCCAACUAUUAUAGGAAAUAAUGUUACAAUUGGUCAUAGUGCGGUUGUACAUGGAUGUAUAAUCGAGGACGAGGCUUUUGUUGGAAUGGGAGCGACCCUUCUUGAUGGUGUGGUUGUGGAGAAACAUGCCAUGGUUGCUGCAGGAUCCCUUGUGAGACAGGACACCAGAAUCCGUACUGGAGAGAUCUGGGCUGGUAAUCCAGCCAAGCUCCUCAGAAAGCUCACUGAAGAAGAGAUCGAAUUCAUCAUUAAAUCAGCAACCAACUAUGUCAACCUAGCAAAGGUCCAUGCUGCUGAAAACACCAAAUCCUUCGAUGAGAUCGAGUUUGAGAAGAUGCUGCGCAAGAAGUUUGCUCGCCGUGAUGAGGAAUACGACUCAAUGAUUGGUGUAGUCCGCGAAACUCCACCAGAGCUUGUCCUUCCUGACAACAUCCUACCCGAAAAAUCCCAGAAGGCUGUUCAAUGAGAUCUUUCGGUACAAAUUUUUGGGUUUUUAGUUAUUGCUCUUGAAGGCUACUGAUCGAACCCCUGCCCCGUGCAGACUCUAAUAAACAGUGAGCAUUAAUUGCUUCUGAUGAACUUAUACCGGGUUUAUAUAACCGUGCUACAUGACUCAUUUUGUCAGCCCAGCUCGAUUACACCCCGGUUUCAUGAUGUAGAACCCCUUUCUGUAAAAGCAACAUGAAUGACAAUGAGAUGCUUGCAUUUGAAUUUGGAUA